AUGGCUCCUAUGAUCGAGGACAGAGUGCAGCCACCCUCCAAUAACCCCGUCUCCGUCAAAUAUGGGGAUAAACCCAAUAUAUACACGGACGUCAACGAAGACGAACUCCAGACCUCGGCGAAGGCGUACUUGGCCAAUUAUGGCACCAAAUUCGAGAAAGACAUCAUUACAGGCAGCAAGGGACUGUAUGUCUAUACUGCCCGCGGCCACCGAGUCAUGGACUGGACGUCGGGCCAGAUGUCCUGUCUUGUGGGGCAUGGUCAUCCAGAGAUUGUCUCCACGAUCCACGACCACGCCGCCAACCUGGACCAUUUAUUCUCCGGCAUGCUGUCGCCCCCAGUCAUCAACCUAGCUCAACGGCUCACGUCGGUCCUGCCCAAGGGGUUAGACAAAGCCUUCUUCCUCUCCACAGGCGGCGAGUCCAACGAAGCAGCCAUCAAAAUGGCCAAAGUCUACACGGGCAAGUUUGAGAUUGUUGGCCUAGGCGCGAGCUGGCAUGGCGUCACGGCACAGGCGCUAGGUACUCAAUACCACUUCGGUCGCAAGGGCCAGGGACCCUUGAUGCCAGGUAUGCAUAUGCUCCCUCCCCCUAAUGCUUACCGCUCCAUCUUCCGCAAUCCGGAUGGCUCCUACGAUUGGGAAACCGAACUCAACUACGGCUGGGACCUGAUUGACCGGGCCUCGUGUGGCUCCCUGGCGGCCUGCAUCGUCGAGUGCAUCCAAUCGUCGGCGGGCAUGCACGUGCUCCCGGAGGGGUACUUGAAAGCGCUUAAGAAGCACUGCGAAAAGCGGGGCAUGCUGCUUAUUGUGGACGAGGCUCAAACAGGUGUCGGUCGCUGUGGGGACCUAUUCGCUAUUGAUCAUGAAGGUGUCGUCCCGGAUAUCCUAACACUUAGCAAGACACUGGGCAAUGGCCUCCCCCUGAGUGCUGUGGUCAUGAGCUCCAAGAUUGAGCGAGUGUGCGCCGAGCGCGACUACUGCUUCUACACCACGCAUGUUAACGACCCGCUGCCAGCGGCCGUGGGUGACAAGGUUCUCGAAAUUGUUCUGCGGGACAACCUCGUCGCCAAUUCUCGUGCCAUGGGCCUCCACCUUCAGGCUGGCCUUCAGCGCCUCAAGUCUCGGUACGGGUGCAUCGGCGACGUGCGCGGUCGCGGGCUCAUGGCCGGUGUCGAAAUCGUGGGCGACCGUGAAUCCAAGUCCCCAUCGAUCGAAUUGGCCCGAAACAUCUCCUACAAGAUGUACGAGCUGGGUCUCUGGGCUAAUCUGAGCAGCCACUCGAGCUUUGGUGGGGUGUUUAGGAUUGCGCCGCCCAUUGUCAUCACCAAGGAGCAGCUCGACCAGGGUCUCGAGAUUAUGGAGAAGGCACUCCAGGCCACUGCCGGGACUAUGCCAUUGUACUAG